UUUUUGCCGACGCUAAAUUUCUCACGCCGAGCAGAACUGCAGACGCACCGGCUGAUCUCCGCCUUAUCGCCGGGUUUACUGCUGAAACAUGGCGCUGCUGACCCCCCUGUUCGCUUUCCUUUACCAUUUACCGCAGGUGUAUAAGUGGCUGCUGAAGCCGUAUUAUGUAGCAUCUCUAUUUAUGUCGAUCGCGUUCCUGCUGGUCCGAAAGACGCCCGGGAUCUGCGAGCAUCUCUCCACCCAGAGAGAGGACGGGAACCCCUGCGACUUCGACUGGAGAGAAGUGGAGAUCCUGAUGUUCCUGAGUGCUAUAGUCAUGAUGAAGAAUAGGAGAGCAAUAACGGUUGAGCAGCAUGUGGGGAACAUCAUUCUCUUCUGUAAAGUGGCUAAUGUGAUUCUGUUCUUCAGACUGGAUAUUCGCAUGGGGCUGCUCUACCUGACUCUGUGUAUUGUGUUCCUGAUGACCUGCAAGCCUCCCCUCUACAUGGGCCCAGAGUACAUCAAGUACUUCAGUGAUAAGACCAUAGAUGAAGAGUUGGAGAGAGACGGUCGUGUGACGUGGAUUGUGGAGUUCUUCGCUAACUGGUCUCCAGAAUGCCAGUCAUUUGCUUCAGUCUAUGCAGAUCUGUCUCUUAAGUAUAACUGUGCUGGGCUGAAAUUUGGUAAAGUGGACAUUGGACGCUAUAGUGAAGUUUCCAAAAAGUACAAGGUUAGCACAUCUCCUCUCUCCAAGCAGCUGCCCUCUCUGGUGCUCUUCCAGGGGGGUAAAGAAGUCAUGAGACGCCCUCAAGUGGACAAAAAAGGAAGAGCAGUGUCUUGGAGCUUUACUGAGGAGAACAUCAUCCGAGAGUUUAACCUGAACGAGCUGUAUCAGAAGUCAAAGAAGCUCAACAAGACUAAAGGAGAGAAGAACGAGAAGAUGAGUGAAUCGCAGUUCCCGCCUGUGCCUGAGGAGGAGGAGCCUGAGGCUGAGACCCAGGAGAUCGAUAACGAGUCCAAGAAGGACAAAUAGAAUUAUAUCACAAAAGAACUGUCGUGUUUUAUGCAAAUGAUGAAAGUUGCGAGGAAACAAACAAACCAACUAUUGUUUUUUCCUCUCAAAUAAUAUAGUGAACAUAAUCAGUUGAAGUAAAUAUUUUCUUUAUUGAAUUCAAAUACAAGCACUCACUACUGCUGUAUAAAAGCUCUCAGCCAUUCACUGCUAUCGCUGAGAGAUGCUAAUCGAUUCUAAUUCCUGAGCGUCCUGCUAUCCUGCACAGUUUUAAUAAUUUCUUUUCCCAGCACAUGUCGUCCAGCUCAUCAGACAGUUAAUAAGCCCUUCAUUGGCUUGAUUAGAUGUGUUGGGGGACUGUAUCUGAGAAUAUGUGCAGAGCAGGGGGUCCCCAGGGCUUGAGAACCACUUGGGUAAAAAAAAAAAAAAAAAAAAAUGAAAAUGGACAUUUUACUGAUAGUAUUUCUUUCUAUUGACACUUCUUGGUCAUAUUUUAACCAAAUUAAACAUUUCCAUGCUUCCUACCUCUAAUAUUUAAUAACAGGAAGGACAUUAAUUUAUAGACUGGGUUGAGAGACCCCUUAACCCUUAGAUUCCUGCCUAUUGUUUAAAUUUUAAUCUUCAUUCCAUUAUUUAAAAAAAGAAUCAUUCCUGUGUUACUUUUUCUUCUUUUUUUUUCUUCUUAGAUUUGAAGUCAUUUCCCAAUGUAAAUGUAAUGCCUUAUGUAAUGUUACUCUUAUGGUACUAACACCAAGUCAUGGUCUCAUAAAAGGGACGAUAGAUGAACUGUGAACAACAUAAAUACAACAGAAAUAUACAGUUAUAUUGUGAAAAUGUUAUGAAUAUCAGCAGAAACGUUAGGUUUGUCAGAAUGUAUGUGUUUGUGUCCUGUAAGAGUUUUUAUUCUUCAAGGCAGAAAUUAUUAUAAUGAUUGAUUCAUUCCAUUGUUUUGCAUACAAACCUUCCUAUUCCUGUAACAUUGCAGUUUUUGUUGUUUUAUACAUGUUUUGUUAAUUUAGAUUAGUACUUACACUAAAGGGGGGGGGGGGGUUGUUUUUGAGUUGUAUUAAGGGGGAACUUGGGGUUUGUUUGUUUUUUUUAACAAAAUUGCAUUUGAACGCUGCUACUGCUCGGCAAAGCAAACUACUGUCACUGUUCGUUACUUUCCUUUGGGUCUACAUGUAUCUGUGGAAUCCUGCAGUCAGUGUUCUUAGAUAUCAUGCCUACUACAUGGGACCUUAUAUUCAGUUUUGUUGCCCAGAAACAGUACCGUUCUGUACUGUGCAUGUCUUCUAGUGACUGACUGAAGUUUUGAGGAAUAUUUUGUCAUGCCAAUAAAAUACAAAAGAAGUGUAA